GAGACACACUAGGUCAGAGGCCCGUAAGGGCAUUUAAUGAAGAAAUAGCAGCCGUCGCGUAUAUAUAUUAGGUUCAUCCGAAGUUAAGAUUGUCGCUUCGUAAGGAAAGAGCCGUCGCCUAUUUCGCCAUUGGGCUUGUAAGAGAGGAGAAGGCGUCGAGAAUGAAGGAUCAGAGGAACCGGAUCUUGAGUCGCUCAAAGAGCAAACUUGGUGUUUAUAUGCAGAGCCAAGUUGAUCGGUUUAGGAUGAACCGACCAGCGAUUUGCGGUUUCUUCGAAUCGGGUCGCACGUGUAGUGCUGGUGAUGAAUGUCCUUUCUCACAUAGUUUUCCCAGAAACUCAAAUGCUCAUCGUACUACUGGUUUAAGUGAUCCAAAUCCAGAUCCGGGAACCGUUGAUUUACUGUUUAAAAUGGUUUACAUGGGCCCUUUGGAUCCACCUAGGGAUCAAACCGUCAAAACCCUCUACCUCCGUCGUCUCAACUCCAAUGUCCAGGAGGAGCACCUACGUGAUCGUUUCUCUCCUUAUGGAGAAAUCGAGUCUAUUGUCUACUUUGGCAUGAGAGGUGUGAGCUGUGCUUUUCUCACCUACACAACCCGCCAAGCUGCAGAGAAGGCCAUGCUAGAGCACUCCUCAUGGGUUGAUGUCAACGGUCAGAUGCUUAAACUGUUAUGGGGAACACAUCGGAUCCCGAAAGACGCUGAACUAGUUGGAGGAUCUAACCUGGUCAAGCAUGAUGGUGGUGGUUUUGCUUGGGUUAAGGAGAACAAAGAUGGUGGACAGGUUCCAUACUGGUGCAAACGAGGUUAUGGCAGUUCUGAACAGCUUGGUGGUUGGGGGUUUGAUGGAAGAAGAGGAUGGGAUGCUGGCAUUGGCGGUUCAAACUGGGCUAAAGCGAAUGCUGUUGGUGGAUUUGGCGAAUGCUUUAACUGGGGUAGGGCAAACGAUGGCAUAUCAAGUUGGGGGAAGGACAAUUAUUCUAGUGGGGGAUCUAACUGGGGCAACCAGGUCGUUGGAUCAAGCUGGGGUCAACAGGAUGGUUGUGGUUUUGCUUGGGGUAGCCAGAACAACAACUAUGGUGGUGGGGGUCCAAGCUGGUCCAGUCUAGGUGAUGGCGGUCGUGGGUUUGGUGGACGAAGAGGAUACUGGGGUAGCUGGGAUUUUAGUUCCAAGAAUACUGGUGGAGGCUGGGAAGCCAACACUGGUGGAGGCUGGGAAGCCAACACUGGUGGAGGCUGGGAAGCCAACACUGGUGGAGGCUGGGAAGCCAACACUGGUGGAGGCUGGGAAGCCAACACUGGUGGAGGCUGGGAAGCCAACACUGGUGGAGGCUGGGAAACCAACACUGGGGAUGAUGAUGCAUGGGGAUGCAAACCAAACGUAGGAGCGUCGUCAUCAAGUGGCUCGUGGGUAACGGUAGAUCAGUAAAUAAAAGACCUGAUUUGACUUUUAAGUUGGUCUCUGACUAUCUGUCUCUCUCUCUCUAUCUAGUCUAACCCCAACUUUAGUCUUUUGGGGCUCUCUCUUCUUUAUGUUAUGGUUUGAAAACUCUUUGGUUUAUUUAUUGCCGUGACCAAAAAGGCCUCUGGUUUUGUAGCCCUUUUGACACAUAUCGGAGUUUCAUCUCCUUAAUCUACUAUGAAUGCUUACUACUACUA